CCGUCGACGACGACCCUUGGCCCGGCCCGUCCUUCACGUUCCCCUCUGGGCUGCCGGGCAUCGACGAGGUGGACGCCCUGGCCGGCUCCAGGCCAGCGACCCUCGCCGAGACGCGCGUGCGGGCCGGCCUCCUCAUGCAGCUCCUGCGCGCCGUGUUCAACAACAACAGCCGCGGCAGCGGCGGCGUCAGCAACACCAAACCGGUCUCCUCCAACGAGGUGCCGGCGGGGCCCAGCUGGCAGCAACAGAGGUUGGAGAGGCGCAGCGGUGACCGAAAUCAUCGCCCCGCCAAUUGAAGUGAGCUGAGCAGCAUUCGGGCGUCCUUGCGGCACCUUUCGAGGUGCUCGGCCAACAAAACAUCGUCAUGCCAAGGCCGCCGACGCCGAUACCCGACUCAAAAGAGAAAUCAUGUUAAUUUCCCCGGCGGCCCGGCGGGGCGGGGAGAGGAGAGGGGAGGGGCCUCUCAGCGUCUGGAGUGUGUGUGCAAGUGCGGCGCGGCCCGGCGAGCUCAGAUAUUGGACUGAUGUCGGCCGAACAGCGGCUUUGUGCUUCGGGCGGCCCCCUCUCGCCGAUGCGCUCGACUGGUUGGUUCAGGAGACCGAGCACCGAACACAUCAGCGCCGAUCAGCGCGCUGCGCAACCAGGUUCUGAGAUUUUUUUCCGUCGUCAAUGUAAUGUCUUGUGAGCUUGGGUGCAGCCCGGCGAUCCGAGACUAUGAUGGCGGUGAUGAUGUGUACUCGUCUUCAGUUUAUGCAGUGGUGAGCUGAGCAGGUAGAUGCAACGCAUUUAUCAUUAGUGAAAACAUUAUAUAGCUCUGUUGGAGAGUUGAAGCGAGUGCUAUUAUUUUUCUUGCGGAGUGGAUGAGCAGUACGUUUGUGGUAAUAUACGAGAGUCGAAGUGGAA